UAUAGAACAUAGAUAAUAGAAGCUAUUAGGCCUGUGUGUAAGAUAAUUUAAAAAAAAAAAAAAGCGAGGUAAAGUAACAAAGGUAAUAUGGCAACUACUUCAGGCUACGACCUGGAAGAAUUUAGAAAAAAACUAAUUCAUGAAGCUAAGACAGAACUAGAACUGCGCGGCAAAGAACUAACUGCCUAUGUACAGCAGAUGGUGGCGGCAGAAGCAGAACGCUUGGAGAGAGAGAAAGCUAGAGGCAGAGAAAAAGAAAAAGAAGAAGCAGAACGCUUGGAGAGAGAGAAAGCUAGAGGCAGAGAAAAAGAAAAAGAAGAAGCAGAUCGCAUAGAGCGGGAAAAGGUUAGAGAGGCGGAACGCAUCGAGAGGGAGAAAAAAGAAGAGGCGGACAGAAAAGUGAGAAUUCAAGUAGAACAGAUGAGGAUAGAGGCUGGUGUAAGUGUGCCCACCGAAGGAAACAGCAACAAUAGUGCCAACAUAGAAAGCCAUAGUAGCGCCGCAUGGAUGAAGAAGAAAAUCCAACCUUUUGCGGAAGACAAGGACGACAUCGGCGACUAUCUGAAACGCUUUGAAAUUAAACUUGCAAAGUUUAAUGUUCAGGAGAAGGAGUGGUCCGAAAUCUUGUUGGACUUCGUACAUGGGAAAGCCCUCACGAUUUGCCAAAACCAUGACCACUCCAUGCAAAACAGCUAUCAGGUGCUAAAGAAGGAACUGCUAAACGCAUACGGGCACAACGCGGAAACAUUCCGAAAGGAGUAUUAUGAAAACACUCCAUCCAGCCAAGUUGAUCCCCAAACAACUAUCAACUCAGAGAAAGACUUCUUCACUAAAUGGCUCGGAUUCGAGAAUGUGGAGAACACCUACGAAGGGUUGAAGAACUUUAUCUUGAUUGAUAACUUUAUCAAUAAGUGCGACCCUCAGUUACAGUCCUUUGUAAAAGAAAGAAACCCUAAGGUAAUUGAAGACUUGGUAGAAAUUAUUAGGAUCUUUAAGAAUGCUUACCCAAACAACCCACUUUCAGUUAGCGACCACAAAAAAGUUAUUGACCUGGUAAAUUAUGUAAAGAGAAAUGAUGUUAGUGAUAGGGAUUAUGGCAGGAGAAAUGAUAGGUCCAGGGAACGUGGGAACAAUGGUCGGGAUAGGUAUGACGGCAUAAAGGAUAGAUCCUGGGAAAAUGAAAACAAUGGCAGGGAAAGUUAUGAUAGGAGAAUAGAUAGAUCUAAAGCGGAUGAUAGAAACUUUAGGGACGUUACAUGUUUUAACUGUCAGGAAAAGGGACACAUGGCAUACCAGUGUAAGAAACAUAGAGGGAAUGGAGCUGGCAAUAGAAAUGCACAGGGUAAUAGUGGCACUAGUGAUAGGAGAGGUAAUCAAGAAAACCGUAGACAAGAGAGGGAUAAUCGGCCACCAGAUAGGGUUAAUUUUGUAAGGAGCAUUCAAGACAGGGAUCGGGAUAGUGGACAUAGUGAACCAGAUGAAGAAAUUAAUUACGUUGAUUGUGGGGAAGAUAGAUUUAAAUUAUAUCCAGGCAUGAUAAAUAAUAAACAGGUAAAUGUGAUCCGGGACACAGCUAGCAGUACACUCGCAGUUCGAGGGGGAUUAGUGAAAUCUAAGGAUUAUUUAGGCUAUACCAAAUCAGUCAGGUUGGCAGACGGCGCAGUUAAGAGAUUCGAAGCGUGCAAAGUGUUCCUUCGACCUCCAUUAUACACAGGGUAUUGCGAAGGGGUAGCCAUGCCGAGGUUAUCUAGAGAUGUUUUACUUGGAAAUGUAGCAGGUGUCAGCGCCGCUUCUGACAAACAGGUUAGAAGUUGGAAAAGCAGGUAUGGCAACAUGAGGCGAAAUAAACCUAGAAAUGACAGAAUUUGUUUUAACUGCCAUAAACAUGGGCACAUCGCUAAAGACUGUUGGAGUAGGGCAGAACAGUCUGAGCAGAAGAUUGCGAGUUCGGAUAGGAGGCGCAGGUCUGUAUCCGAUAGUGAUGAUAGAAGAGAUGACUGUGGUAGCGGUAAUCGCAAGUCAUAUAGAGGUAGAAGGCCACAAGCGGGCUAUAGUGGUGUAAGAAGAGAUGUUAACUCCAGUUGGAGCGAACAAAUGUAUGAGUCGGGUAGAUAGCCUGUGAAACAUAGCACUAUGAGACUGUAGUGUGUAAAUAAGUUGGAUUUUAUUUAAUUGCUUAUUCUUAAUUAAUUGACUUAACUAGUUGUCAUAACUAGAUGGGUAUUAGGUUGUUUAAUGUAUCUUUGAAUAGUAUAUUUAUGUUAUAAUAUACAUGUAAUUUGGUUAUCAGUAGAUUGACUCAUGUUAAUUAUGUAAUUUCGGGUAGUAUGUAUGCAUUGCAUGUAUGUGUGUAUGAAUAGAAAGGGCAUUUAUAAGGCGACGAUGUAGUUACAUCAAGGAAAAGUAAGUUUUAUAAUUUAUUCUUUGUAUUUGAGCAUUAUCAUACAUCAGUCAAGAGUUAGGUCGUGUGGGGACAAGUAAGUGGAGAGAGGAAAUAAAAUACACUUGUAGAUGCCCGAAAGAACGUUAGGUGUAUAGUGGGAGAACGAGCAUUGAUAAAUAUCAAUUUGUCAUAUUAGGUAAAUUGUCUGUCCUGACGUGUGAGGGAAAGCGGUAAUCUCCGGAACGUGAUGUGAUGAUGUAUAGAUAGACACACCUAUAGUGUCAGCGCAAACGAACUAUGUCGGCGGUCACCUAUGGCACAUCACAUUGGACAGUAUCAGUUAGUGACACUUGAGGGAAAUAUGUGUUCAGAGGAACUUGAUUGUGGACACAGAAAGAGAAGUUGAAAUCGCAAUCAAGACUCAAGUUGUGUUGUCUUUUAUGUUUCCCUACAUUUUGGCCCUUGCACAUUGUAAGACUAAGACAGUAGAUUAAAAAAUUGACAGGCAAUUUUUUUUAGCGGGAGGGGGAGGAGUUGUUAUGACAUGAUUAGGAAGUAGUUAGGAAUUAGUUAUUUGUUUCGGGAAUAGGGUAAAGUUUUAAUUAGCGACAAGUGACGUGACAGAUCUUUAAAAAAUAAGAACGCUCUAAACGACGCUAGAAGGAGGACGCUUAUUGUAAAGUAGGAGACUUGAGUACGACAUUAUUGACAUCGGACGAUUCCCCUUUGAGUAUUAAACGUAUUGUUAGAACAACAUAUCAGCGUCGACUACAUAUUUGAUUGUUUCGGCCUUUCGCCGGUGUUACUGAAGUGUUGAGUUCAGCGUUACCUACAGUUAGAUCUACACUAGACAGAUUGUCAAGAAUCAACACCGCGCAGAGG